AUGGCUGAGUAUGAGGCGUGUGCCCUUGGGAUCCAAGAGGCAAUUGACUUCAAUGUCAAGUUGCUCAAGGUAUAUGGGGACUCGGCCUUUGUAAUUCACCAGUUGAAGGGUGAGUGGGAGACCAGAGAUCAUAAAUUGGUACCUUACCAGGCUUACAUCAAGAAAUUGAUAGAAUUCUUUGAUGACAUAUCCUUUCAUCAUAUUCUCAGAGAGGAAAAUCAGAUGGCUGACACCCUUGCCACACUGGCGUCCAUGGUUCAGCUAAGCCCACACGGGGAUUUUCCGUACAUUGAAUUCAGAUGUCAUGGCAAGCCUGCACAUUGCUGCUUAAUAGAAGAAGAGAAGGAUGGUAAGCCUUGGUACUUCGAUAUCAAACGAUACAUCGAAGAAAAGGAAUACCCGCAGGAGGCCUCUAACAACGAUAAGAGAACUUUGCGAAGGUUGGCAGCCGGCUUCUUCCUGAGCGGGAAUAUCCUAUAUAAAAGGAACCGUGACAUGGUUUUACUUCGAUGUGCGGAUGCCGAGAGGCUGAGCAAAUGCUGGUAG